UUACUAGACGGACCGUAUCACACGUUCGGGGUCAAGUGUUUUAAGGAUGUCUUCAUAGCGUCAUUAAAAUGUCGAGUUUUUCCAGAUCUGCUCAGCAAUGGGCGACCUUCGCCCGCUCCUGGUUCCUCAUUGACGCCAGAAUGCAGCCGCCCGGCAAAAUCGCAAGCAUCUGUAGCACUAAACUGCAGGGAAAACACAAGCCUAUCUAUCAUGCCCUAAGUGAAUGUGGCGAUCACGUUGUAGUUAUAAACUCCAGACACAUCGCGUUCUCUGGGAACAAAUGGGAGCAGAAAGUCUAUUCAUCACACACAGGAUAUCCGGGUGGAUUCAAACAAGUCACUGCUGCUCAGCUUCACCUCAAGGAUCCAAAAGCUAUCGUGAAGCUGGCAGUUUAUGGCAUGCUGCCCAAAAACGUGCACAGACGCUCAAUGAUGCAGCGAUUACACAUCUUUUCUGAGGAUGAGAUACCAGAUGAAAUACGAGCCAACCUGACGGAAGAGCUUCCUCAACCCAGAGAGAUUCCUCGAAAACUCAACGAGUACACUCAGGAGGAGAUCAACGCCUUCCCCAGGCUGUUUCAACUACCUGAAGACUACAGGAUGAAAUGAAGCUAAAUAUCCACUUUGCAACAAAAGCAGUUUUUCUCAACACAUUAAAUCUUGUUUAAGUGCUGAAACGAACAGUGUUUUUAUUUUUUUUCCCCUAAUUUUAUGGUAAAUAAAAAUCAUGCUGUGUCCUGUUGUGUAAAUUUAGUCAACCAUUUUUUGUUUGUUUUUUGUUUUAUUCCAAAUUUGGCAUCAUCUUCUGACUAGUCUGAGUGCUAAAACCCAACUUGUAUGCCAGCAGCAGCUCAAACUCACUCCCUGUCGUUAGCCGUGGCCACGCCUGAAACCACUGCACACCUGCACAUCCAGAUCCCUCCAGAGAAAAUCACAUUCUGUGGUUUCAACGUUGAUUUUUACCACCAUAAAAUGAUCCAGUGUGCUCCAUGAAAACGGCGUCUGUCCCACCUUUUGGAGCGUUCACACAGAAACCAAUUAAUGCGUUGCUACGACAACAACGGCACACAUUAACUUUGCUCAUGACGUCUCAUUGUAUUUCUGUUGGUUUGUCGAAGUAUAAAUUGGUCUUG